AUGAAAGAUUUUAUUGGUGCUCUUUCGAAAGAUUCUGGCACGGCUUCAUUCUUCAACAAGAUUCAUUUCAAACCAAACCUUUCCUCCACUCGUCUUUUCCUUUUUGGCGUUAUGAUGAUUUUCACUCUUGUCCACGUUUUGCUUCUGGCAACAUCUCCAAUCGUCGAAUCCGCAAGCCGUGUUGAGUGCCACGUCGUUCUUGAAUGUGAUCCACUCACGAGCUGCUAUUCGCUCAAAGGAGGAUUUCCAUUUGUCUAUGGAAAUAAGAAAGAAGAAGACUGGCAAGCUGGUGGCAAGAAGUACAGCAUGUUCUUGGCGAGAAAUGUGGAGACCGUCCGCUGUGUUCUACUCGACAAAUACGAGUUUUGA